AUGCGGCAAUUACCAACCAAUAUUGGGAUGCCGUCCAGUGGUUCCCUCACCGCAGAUCAAUGGCUUCUUCUUGCCACCAUCUAUGGCCCAGUCAUAAUCCCACAGCUGUGGAGUACCUGUUUGCCAAUGGAUGCAGACAAUGACAUUCUUCACCACCAUGUUAAUGCAAUCAAGAAAGCCGAAUCCGAGAAGCAAGCACAGGCGAGUUUUAAGGCCAACCAAAAGAAGGCCCUUGCUGCUGCGAAGAUACAGGGCAAGGAUGCCUAUGAGGCCGAGAAGGCUCGGAUUGCGCAAGAGAAGCUUGCCAUUGCAGAGGCCAAAAUACAAGAGAAGCUCAGAAUUGCGGCUGCCAGGCAAGCUGGGAAGGUUAGACUCACAGCUGAGAAAAAAGCGAAUGCUGCUGCAAAGAGGCUCUGCGAAUUCUCAUCAGACGCAAGCUCUGUGAUGACAAUAUCAGUCAAGCUGAGCUGCUUAUCUCACAAUAUUGUGGGGAACUUAUACAUCUUUAUGGAUCUGGUGCACUCAAACCAAACCACCACUAUGCAACUCAUGUUGGCACUUUCCUUUAAGACUAACAACCAUGCACAUGGUGAGCUAGAGACAACCUUCUUUAAGGAAUUUCAAAGGACUUGUCAGAUUGGACGACUGAUAUAUACAUUGCAAAAUUCUCCGAACAAGACGCUGCCAAGUGAAGCAGCACAAACGAUGCUGAAGGCAUCAAAUGACGAAAGGGGGACAGUUGCAGCACUCGCCAAAUUGUCACAAGACCUUGAUGAUGCUGAUAUGGAUGUAGUACCCCACAGCCUCCCACUCAAUCGUGAUGCAAUCUUUUUCGAUUAUGUGAUAAUUGAUGAACUGUUGGUACAAAUCGGUCCUCUCUGGUUCACAUGA